AGCGUUUGGGUUUGGUUUUUGGUUUGGUUCCGGAAAAAAAUGUCCCACCGGGUUCUGAUAGUCGGAGCGGGUCUGACGGGGAGCGUGUGCGCGUGCACGCUGAGAAGAGAAAUGCAGCAUCAAGUGAAAGUGGAAGUUUGGGACAAAGCUCGAGGUCCAGGUGGCAGGAUGUCCACCAGUCGUCGAGAGUCUCAGUCGGUUGACCUCGGAGCUCAGUACAUCACUGCCACUCCAGCAUCCGCCAGCUCACACCGCAGUUUCUAUGCAGAACUGAUGCAUUCAGGUGUCCUGCGGCCUCUGGAAGCUCAGAUUGAAGGUCUGCAGCAGAACGAUGAGAACAAGAAUUAUGUGAGUCCACAAGGCAUGUCUGCUGUCGUCAAACACUUCCUGUCCCAGUCAGGAGCUGAUGUGUUCUUUGAAUGUCACAUGACUGGCCUGUAUAGCUGCGGUGCAUCAUGGGAAGUGCAGAGGAAAAAUGGAGACAGCAAGUUGUUUGACACCAUCGUCCUGACAAUGCCAGUUCCUCAAAUCCUGCAGCUGCAAGGAGACAUGGGAAAAUUGCUGACCAUCCAGCAGAGGGAGAAUUUGGGCAGUGUUGUGUAUUCCUCCUGUUUCGCCCUCGCCCUGUUCUUCAGUCCAGAGACCAUCCUUAGUUUUCCCUGGGCGGCUCGCUACGUGACACACAACGACUGCAUCCGCUACAUCGCCGUGGACCUUUGCAGAGGCAAUGCAGAUGCUUCCACUUGGGGUCCAUCCCUGGUUGUCCACACCAGUGUCCAGUUUGGACUGGAACACCUUGAGUGGGACAAGGACAAAGUGAAACCAAUCAUCAUGCAAGAACUUCACAAAGUUCUUCCUGGUCUUCCUCAGCCAGUCAGCAUCAAGUGUCACAAGUGGAGGUAUUCCAGGUAA